UCCUCUCAGAGCAUCCUCCUCCUCCUCAUGACUCAGGCUUUACUUUUACUCCGACAUGCUGUCCUGUGCUGCUAUGGACUCAGAUGAGAAGGCUACUUCGCGCAUUGAUGUUGCCUAAGUUUUUAUCGCUGAAAUUAUUCGCUUGAACUUGAUUUUCAAACGAAAACAGGAGGCAUUUUCCCUUGACUGGUGUGGAUGCUCGCAUGAGACUCCUGGAAAAAAGAACCAUCUCACCUGGGAUCGAAGUAAGAAACUAAUCUCUAAUACAAGGCAACAAACCAGUCAUGCUCGGCGCUGAAGGGGAGAGCAGCAGCUUCUCCUCUAAGGAGGCAGCCGGGGACAGGCGCAAGUCUCCGGCUGUAGAGGCGGAGGACCCGGCGGCUGGCAGCAGAUACACAGAGCACGGGAUGGGUGCAGACCGUUCAUACUACCUCCAUUCUACUGUUUCUAAACAAAGUCCAGAAACACCGAGUCCCUGCUCUUUUAUCCCUUACACCCCCAGUGGGACGGUGUACACCCCGUCCAGCGCCACCAGGUACCCCUCAUCUCUCCACCUGGGCUCCGUGCUGCCUCCCGCGGGGUUUCCCCCCUCCUCCGGCCGCAGUCACUUCAGCCCGGCUUACCAGCUCGGGCAGAGCCCCGGCUGCCUCUACCCGCCCUACGCCAGCUCCGGCUCGGCUCUGAGCAACCUGAAUCUACCCACCACAGGCCCGGGGAUGAGGGCCCAGGUUUACCUCUGCAACCGGCCGCUGUGGCUCAAGUUCCACCGGCACCAGACCGAGAUGAUAAUCACCAAGCAGGGCAGACGGAUGUUUCCGUUUCUCAGUUUUAACAUAGCUGGUCUCAACCUGACGGCGCACUACAACGUGUUUGUGGAGGUGGUGCUGGCGGACCCUAACCACUGGAGAUUUCAGGGUGGCAAGUGGGUGACCUGUGGGAAGGCAGACAACAGCAGCCAAGGAAACAAAGUGUACAUCCACCCAGAGUCUCCAAACACCGGGGCACACUGGAUGAGACAAGAGAUCUCCUUCAGCAAACUGAAACUCACGAACAACAAAGGAACAAAUAUCAAUACUUCACAGAUGGUUGUCCUGCAAUCGCUGCAUAAGUACCAGCCCAGGCUGCACAUCGUGGAGGUGAUGGAGGACGGGGUGGAGGACAUCAGCAGUGAGGGGAAGACUCAGAGCUUCACCUUCCCAGAGAACCAGUUUAUAGCUGUGACUGCCUACCAGAACACUGAUAUCACACAGCUGAAAAUUGAUCACAACCCCUUUGCCAAAGGAUUCAGAGACAAUUACGAUUCACACUGCCCUUCCUUGACCUCAAGUUCAUACGUACAUAUAUUUUCCAGGAUGUACGCAGCCCCAGAGAACGACCGCCUCACACCAUCUCCUACCAGCUCUCCCCGUGUACACCAGAUUGUCCCUGGGGCCCGGUACGCCAUGCAGCCCCUCUUCCAGGACCAAUUUGUCAAUAACCUCCCUCAGAAUCGCUACUACAACAGCGAGAGAGCGGUGCCGCAGACAAACAGCCUCCUCUCACCUCAGGCAGAGGACGCCACUUCGCAGAGGUGGUUUGUCACCUCCAUGCAGCAAGGGGGAAGCGGCACUAGCACCAGCAACAAGCUAGAUCUGACACCCUAUGAUGGGGAAUACUCAAGCUCCCUGCUUCCCUAUGGUAUCAAAUCCCUAUCCAUGCAAACAUCCCACGCUCUCAGCUACUACCCAGACUCUCCCUUCACCACCAUGUCUGCAGGCUGGGGGUCCCGAGCAGCAUACCAGAGGAAGGUUUCUCCAAGCCUGCCUUGGUCCCCUAGGCCCAGCACCACCACUGGUUUUUCAGAAGACUUAGACAAAGUUAAAGCACAGAUAGAAGAGGAGGUGAACGGCAGUGCACGCCUGAUCUCCUCCUGGACAGAGACUCAGCCAUCAACUCUGUCCUUAGACAAGGCAGAUUCGUACUCAACGGCAUGCAAACGAAGGCGCUUGUCUCUCAAUGGCCCCAUCACAGAGGACUCAAGCUCUGACAUCAAGUGUGAGGACUUGGCCUCUGCUGCCAUCAACAGUAGCUCCUAUAUCAAAGACGCCCCCUCAUCCAAAGGCAUGGCAGCUUACUAUUCCUUUUACACAAACCCUUGAAUGGUUUCUCUCUGAAAUGUUUUUCCUCUCAUUUUGGCUGUUCUUCAUCUGCCACCUUAAAUGAGAAUAGAUAAUAUUUUGCUUUUCAUAUGUGGACAGUCAGAGUUUGUCUCGGUAGUGAUACAUGUUGUGAUAAUAUAUAUAUUUUUUUCCUUUUGUGGUAAGACAGAAAAAGUUCAUAUGACAUACAGUAAAAGGUUAAAGGGCAUGGGAGGCACAAUAAGCGUCCCGUGUUAGCGUGUUCUAUCUAUUCUGUCCUUCUGUUUACCUGAACAAUAUAUUUUAUCGCCACCUCAUUUAUGUAACUCUGUAUUUUAAGUUUUGAAAGUGCCAAAGCAUUUUUUAGGUUUUUCAGUGUGCAUUCAUUACUGUAUCUGCCUUUACACUGAUGAUAUGUGUUUACAAAUUAUUUAUUGGAGGCCUGUGAAUAUGACAUUCGUGCACACAUAAUAUGCUGUACCUUCAUUACAAUGUUCGGAUAUUUGAUAAUAAAAGGCAUAUGUGUUCUACUGAG